GCUCGACCAAUCGCGAGGGAGCUUUGAGUCGGCGAGUGUCCAUGCCAUCCUCCAUGUUGAAUGUCUCGGUUCUCGCCCGGACUGAGUCAAACAUGGUCUCCUUAGUGAAUAUAUGAUAAUAAGUGCACCGAAAAUGUCCUCGAUAUCGCAGGGCUUGGAGUUCCUUGACCUGGAUGGGGUGGGAGAGGAUGUCAGCCAAUACCUGGUGGCACUCUGCCGGGGGAAUAACCCUGCUGUGCAGGUGCUGGCCACCGAGUUGCCUACUGCCCCUCGGAGGGUUGGGGCCACCUCAGAGGAACAGGCAGCCUCCUCCCCUGCUCUGUCACCAUCCCCACAAGUAACAACUGCCGACAAGGAUGUGGAGGAGUCUCCAAUGCCUAUGGACCAGACCAUUCCUGACAUUGGCCAGGAGGAGUUUGCAGGACCAGGGACUUUCCUCCCUGAUGGGGGCUUCGUUGGCGAUGGUAAGGUGAGUGUGAUGGCUGACUCUCGACCACCACCACCACCACCCCAGGCCACCUCCAUCACCAGCACCACUAUCACCACCCCAACCACCACCACCACCACUGCUGCAGCUGCCGCACUGGCCACCUCUGUGCCUGCAGAGAUAGUCCCAGUCAGGGACUUCAACGUGCCUCCACCCAUUAUCACUUCGCAGAACCAGCAGGGAGCUCCACAGGGAGGCCAGCAGAUGUUCCAUCAACCUUAUCUGUCAGCUUCCCCUAACAAUCCCCCAAUAUAUAACCCACAUAUGCCCCCCCCUCCACACCCACAGCCUCCGCCUAAUAACUUGUACACUCAAAUUCCACCACCUACUGUUUUGCCACAUGGAGCAACUGUCUAUGUCGCUAACUGUCAUGUCAACCUCUCCCCAUAUAAUGGAGGGCAGGGGCAGGCACCUGUUAUCACAUCAAAUGCUGGACCAUCUCAGUCUCCUCCAGCUGCCCCAGUCAUGCAGUCUGUGCCAGUCAUGUCUGAUCAGCCAGCUGUGCAUGUGCCUCCUGUUGUCAAACCCAUGCAUGAGAAUAAGCCAGAGUUUGAGAACAGGAGGUUUGACCAAUUCAGAGGGGGCCACCGUGGGCGUGGACGUGGACGUGGACGUGGUAAGCGCAGCAACAGUGAGAGAAGCAACUCUGUCAGCAGUGACCACUCAGGGUAUGGCAAUGAGAAACACUACACAGAUGGCAUGGGACCCCCCCAGUAUGGCCAUGUGGCUGGACCCUAUAUGUACCCAAAUAUGCAGUACCCAAUGCGUGGAGGCAAUUAUCCACAUUACCCUAGUGUCCCAGCUGCACAAACUGUUCAAGGGGUACCACUUAUGUACCAGCCUCAGCAGUAUUCCCAUUAUGUACAGUAUCAGGCUCCAAACCAGGGCCACAUUAUGCCCUACCAGCAGCAGACAAUGCCUCCUGGCUCGCAACAUCCCAGCACACUCCAGCACAUGCACCAUCAACUGCCACAUCACCAAUCUCCACACCAGCCCCCACAGCAACCUCCACAUCAUCAUCAGCCUCCGCCGCCUCUGCAGCACCAGCAGCCUCCGCUUCAUCAUCAUCAACAGCAGCAGCCGCAUUACCCACAACAUGAGGCACAGCAAGUUCAUGUACCUCAUCAGGAUCAAUUUCAUGUACCAGCGCAGCCACAGCAUCAGCAGCCUCCCCCUCCACAGUCACAGCCACCCCCCCCUCAACAGCCUCCUCCUGCAGUAUUGGAGCCCCAGCAGCAGUCACCAGUAGCUCAACACACACAGCAGCAAGCAAACUACGAACCCCAGGAAGCUCCAUUGCCAGUAGAAAGCCAAACCAAUGGGCAGUUUGUGGCCGAUUCUCAGGCUGCUGCUUCACAAUUUGAAAAUGAUGGUUCAAGUGGUGUACAGCCAACAGAUGGAACAUCAGCUUCAGCAGAGAUACCUAUUGCUAUAGCAGAAACAGAUAAGUCUAAUACCCUCAUCACACAGACAGCUGCCUUGUCCUUAGAAGAUCCUGUAGAACCAGUAAUCACUAACAUUCCUGCAGAACCUGAACAACCAGUUCCAGACAUUCAGGAGAAUAUUCCUAAUUCCACUCAACUGGUUUAUGAGGAAAACCAUGCUCCAGUCUCUCCCCCCAUAGCCAAACCAGUCACAACCCCAGACAUGAAGGAGGUUAAAUCUCUCUCCAACAAGCCUCAUUCUGCUCAGAAUGGAUUGGGUUCAUCUGGUAAGCCCCCUGUGCAUGAGCCUCAGAUUCUUAUCCCCAACUUCAAUAAAGGGAAGCACAUGCAGAAGCUGGCUGUUGACAUUACUGGUAACCAUACUACUUUGUCCGAGAUAACCUUCAUGUCGGAUGAGAUUCAACCUAAUGUUGAUCCUCAGGAGCCAGUGGAAUUUGUGCCGGUUCCUAAAGCAGCCGUGAUCAUUCCACCUGCAGUCUCCCAGAGUGUUUCCCCAGUCAAUGUUCCUUUUAAAGCUUCCCCUCCUUCAAGUGUGGAGCCUCCAGUCCCAUCAGGAAACAAGAGCAUUGCCUCCUCUUCGUGGGCAGCAAAUGGUGGGACAGUGGUAAUAGCUGGUGAUGGUGGGGUGGUGCCACCCAGUACUCCAUCAGUGGCCAGUCCUGCUCUUUCAGAAGUGAACAAGAAGGAGGCUGUGAUGCCCGAGAUGGCAGCCAGUGCCCAACCCGGCGGAGCUUGGGCUCAGAAGAAGAGCUGGUCCCAGUUGUUCAAGCCAUCCGAUGAAGGAGCUGCCAAGCAAGUGGCUUAUGUUGCACCCUUCAACCAGGAGACAGAGAAGCUUCGGGAAGAGGCAACAGAGAAGGCCCCUGACCAGCCUGUGUCGGAAGUGGAUCUGGAUAAGGUCAAAAUUGGAGGCAUGCUGCGAGAGUACAACCAAGACCACCGCCAGGUUGCUCUUCAGCCUCGAGGACUGAUCAACAAGGGAUAUUGGUGCUAUGUUAAUGCUCCUCUGCAAGCCCUGCUGGCCUGCCCUCCUUUCUAUAAUCUGAUGAGAAAUGUGCCCAACAUUGCUGGGCUCAAGAAGGGCAAAUCUUCAACACCAGUUCUGGAUAGCAUUGUGGAGUACGUAAAUGAGUUUUCUGAUAUGGCUCCCAUGCUGAGGACAAGCAAGAAGGACAAGAACAAUUCCGCUGCACGCAAAGAACCAGAAAUAGUCAAUGGCCCACCAUUUGAACCAUCAUAUGUCUACAAGAUGUUGGCCUCCUUGAGUGGGGAAAUGUUUACUGAGGGUCGACAACAAGAUGCUGAAGAGAUGCUCUCUGUUGUCUUGAAUGGCUUGCACGAUGAGAUGGUGGAAGCCUUGAAGCUGGUGAAUGAGAAUACUGCAGCCUCAGGCAGCAAUUCUGUCAAUGGCUCUGUAAAUGGGGAAAAUGUAUCAGACAAUGAAGAGAUGUCAGAUGAUGAUGAAUGGCAGGUAAUGGGCCCUCGCAAAAAGUGCUGCGUGACCCGAAGGGCACACUUCUCCCCAACCCCCAUCAGUGCCAUAUUUUGGGGCCAGCUUAGAUCAGUUCUUCACCAGGCAGGAGGCCAACCCACUGCUAACCUGCAACCUUUCACCACACUACCGCUAGAUAUUCAGUCUCCCAAGGUUGAGAGUGUACGAGAUGCUUUAGAGCAACUUGUGAGCCGCGAGGAGAUCCCAGACUUUACAUGCUCAAAGACGAACCAGGAAGUAACAGUGUGCAAACAGGUAUUUCUGGAGCACCUCCCCCCAAUCCUAAUUCUGCAACUCAAGCGGUUCAUCUAUGACAAGGAUGGCGGCCUGCAGAAGAUUAUGAAGAAGGUCAACUUCCCCAUAGACUUAGAAAUAACCAAAGAAUUGAUGUCAACCAACAGUAGAGGGAAAUACUCGGCUCAGCAGAAGAAGUACAAGCUCCUGGCUGUUGUAUACCAUGAUGGGAAGGAAGCCACUAAAGGUCACUACAUCGCAGAUAUAUAUCAUGGAGGUUACACCUGCUGGUUGAGGUAUGAUGACAGUUGUGUGAAAGCUGUUCCAGAGGCCAAUGUCCUUCGCCAUGCCGCACCCAGGGUGCCCUAUCUCCUAUUCUACCGUCGUGGAGACACCAUGACAAGGCCAUCAACGAAAACCAAAUCUUGAGGACCUUGCUGAACAUCAAGAGGCCAGGACUCACAGAUUCCUCUCAUGGGAAAGAAGCCCUUCAUCCUGAGGUCUAUUGUGUGCUCAGAUCAACCAUCAUGGGAAGGGAGAAUAUGGUUACCUGGCCCCACCUAUCCUUGGUAUGUUCUGUUCUAGCAGUGCCUGGGUUGCUGGAAAGGCAUCGAAUUACAGCAACACAUGCAAGAACACCAAGAGUAGCCAGCAACAUGAAGUUAACAAGUGUCCAUAAUCUGCUUAACCGUUUGUACCCAAGGAAUGUUGAAUACUCAUGAUAAUGACACUAAUUUGUGUUAAUGGAAAUUUAAACAUUUGAGGAUUAGUUAUUUGCGUCAAGUUUGUUAUAAACAAUAUAUCUCUCUAUAGUUAGUUUCACCAGACAAGACAUAGUAAUAGGUGUUUGUUGAUGAACAUCUCAAAGAUAGAUGAUUGAACUAGAAGGAAGACUAAUUGAAAAAAAAAAAAAUUGUGUGUGCAACGAUGGUAACACCAAAUGGAAGAAUGGAACUUUUUUGUGAGCGGUUUUGUAAUAGCCAGGGAGAGUCAGAGCUAUUUACAAAUGACAAUUGACUCCAAGUGAAAGAGGUGUCAAGGGGUUUAUCCUCCUUGUAGGCUUCCAUUUUUCGUUUGGAUGGAGAGUGGAAAGUGGUGUGAUUUGAUUUAGAGAAUUACAAACCAAUUGUUGACCAAAAAAUAAAGAUAAAAAAAUAAAAUAAAAAAAUUAAAAAAAAAAUAAUGAAAAAAGAAAAAAAAAUGUGAUGACAGUGGUCAUGAGUUACACUGUCCAUUUGUGUGCUUGUAUGUCAUUGUGAUUGGGUCUCUAGGUAUAUUGUUGCAAAUUUUCAACUUCAACUCUGGGUUACUGUUAAUGACACAUGCGUGUCUUUAAAAGUGUUCAGAUAUGACCCACUUUGAAACAAUAUGUACUGAAUUAUAUGCUAUCAGUGUGGCAGAUAUGUAUUGUACAUCUGUCAAAUUAAUCUAGCUCUAAAGAAAAAAGAAAGAUGUGUACUAUUAUAAUUUUUGAAAAGAAACUGUGGCCUAAAAAUAGGAAGCAAAAUAUUGGUAAUUUACAUAUUUUCUUGUUAUGCAUAUAUGAAGAAAUUAAAUCAUAGGAAGAUAACUCUCACAACUACUGUGUUUAAUGUUAUUUCUUUGUUUAUUAUUAUUCAUGUUAUUCUAGUUAGAAAAAAGCAUUUAAUAACACUCAAGAGUGUAAAGAAAUAUCAGAAAAUGUUUGUAAGCCUUUGAAACUGAACAACAAUUAUUGUUGUAAGCCUUUGAUACUGAACAACAAUUAUUGUUGAAUGCAAUAGCUAACCAUAGCUAUAUUUAUAAAAAUUUAUUAUGAAAAUUCAUGGUUCUCAAUAUCUAUACAUCAAUACAUGUUUUAUGAAUUUCAAGGGUUUGGUUAUUUUUCACUGCAUUGUCAGUAUUUGAUUGAAAGCAGAUUUAGAAUGGUUAUUUGAAGUAUUAUUUAGAAGCUUCCAGACCAGUUAAACAAACUCUUCGUUUGAAAGUGUUUCAAGCGAAGGUAAGGAAAACCUUUUAGUGUUUGAAAGGGAUCCCUGAACUCUUCCAAGUCUUGUCGCUUGGACCAGAUCGUAAAAGGUGCCAUAUGGGCACAGGCCAAGUACGGCCACCCAGAUGGCACAACGCCUUCAUAUUAUGUAGAGAGAGAGAGGGAGAAGCUUAUAUUACUGUCCCUUUUCCCUCCAGAACUUGCUAAGUGGCUGCCACAUGUCUUAUCAUGCUGCCCAAGUCUAGUAACAGUUCUCACCUUUUGGCUUCAUGUCUGCUCUCAAGAGUCUACAAUGGAACCAGAUGUCAAGGAGGUCAUACUUUUGUGUUUAGUCACAUUGACAAGGAUUUUUUCCUCCUGUGACUACUUUUCCCUCCCCCCUCUUGCUCUCUUUUCUUUUGUCCCACGCAAUGUAUUUGCCACUUCAGCAGAGGGGGGUAAAGCCGUAAAGAUGGGUGGGGUUAGGGCUGUGCUGUCUGGGGAAAAUUAUCAUUAUUACUUAUUGUUUAUUUUUUUAGUUUUUACACUGAUUGGCUGUUCAAUACAAACUAGUCAAAGAAAGAAAGAAAAAAAGUAAAUAAACAGAAAUGUCUCCUAGGUGUAGACAAGAUUCUCAAAUUAGAAUAUGUAAUGGUAUGUAGCCUAAUGCUGUAGCUAAGCUUACUAUUAUCUCCGAGAGGAAAAUAGAAUCAAAAUUUUUAGGAUGAUAAAAAAAAAAACAGAAAACACUUGAAGCAAAAGGAAACAGUAGGAGCAGUAAUCAUAAAUAUUCAAGGUUUGUUUUAGACCAAAGCUACUUAUUACAUUUUCUAGAAAACUUUAUUUACUGAAUAACUUUAGUGUUACAUUUUGUUUGAAACGAUGUUUACUCAUCCCGUUUCAUUAACGCCUAGGAAUUUUCCUCUUUAACAUAGGUUGCAUUUUAUUUUUGUUUGUAUUUUAUAUAUUAUUUAUUUUUGGGUUUUAACCUUUUUUUAUAUACAUUUUAAGUUAUGAUUAGGAGACAUUCGAUUGCAGAACUCUGAUAAUGCAAAUAGAAAAUUGUAUUGUAUUGUAUUGUUAUUAUUACUACUACUACUACUACUACUACUACUCUUUUUAUUGAUAUUUUUAUUUAUUUUUUCAUUAUUAUUUUAGCAUUAUCAUUGGCACUUCAUAUUCAUCUUUUUUAUACUUUUUUUUAAAGUCUGACUUAAUUUUUAAGCCAGUAUCCCUUGAGUGUUUCAUCAUUUUGGCCAAAGUUGCUAGUAGUGUUUGUCUGUUGUGUUCUAAGGGUCCUUCUUUUUUAUGUAGAAAAGAGAGAGAAAAAAACCUUGAAGUGAAGAUUGUGUUGAGCCAAACCUGAACCUAUUCCCAUUUUAUGAAGCCUGAAGCGAUAGUGUUUUUGUAGACAGUGUAGAUAUCCUGUAUGCUUAAUGGAGUGUAGAGCAUCACCAUUUUGAGAAGUUAUUGCAAGUGAAUGAUGACGGUGAUGGAGCGUAAGCUUGGCAAAAUAUGAUGUAAAAGAUAACAGCUUGGAGGGAAUUUCACCCGUUUGAUCUCGUUUUAGAGUGUGUGAUGGGGCUUGAUGUGGUUCUUUGUGAUUUAUGGGAGUCUGGCCUCAUGUUCUUUCGUUCUGUUUCUGUUCUGUUACUUUUUGUUUAUAGAUACCUUAUAACUUAGCAAAAUGUGUGUAUUUACAGAUCUCACACAUUACCUAUCAUAGUACACAUUACAAUCCACAUCAUACUGUGCACAUCACCCCACACACAUCUCCCCACACAUACACUUACUUAUAUACAUUGUGUAUAUAUGUGUAUGUGCAUUUUUGUUUUCUUUAAGUGGUUACACCUUUUACUUGUUUUAAUUUCUUUCUCUACCUAAUGGUUCUCAUGCAGCAAGCUUGAGAUACAGUUUGGCUAGAACCUUGUGUCUCAAGCAGUGGCCUUAACUGGCUGUGUGGUUCUGAAGAUUGCUUUGCAUCACAUGUAAGGAACUGCUUGUAUAUACAAUAAAUUGGCACUCCUAGGUGUGCUUAAGUCCACUGCUAUCUGUACUUUUGUCUUUAACAAAGAGUCAAAUUGAGCAAUCUCUCGCUUUUUUUCUUCCUUCGGAAAUGGUCAAUGUUUUCUCGGUAUCAGAUGUACAUUGUUUAGGCUGAGAGGCACAUAAGAUCAUAGAAUACAAUUCCCAGAGAUGAUCAUCUCUUUACUUUCCAAGUCUUGAUCAACCUUCACUAGUUUAGUCAGUGAGCAGCAGCAGAUUAUCUUGAUCGGAAAUGCUUUUCUCUCCAGAGUAAACAUGCCUUAACCACUCAUACUAUUGAAAAGCAUCUAUCAGCUCAAGGGAGUUACUGCAAUUGACAUCUAUAGAGUACAUUGAAAGUCUCAACUUAAAGAUAAAUGGAUUGGCUAAUAUUAUGUGAUAUCAAGUUUCUGUUCAAGACACUUAUCCUGUUGUAAGAUAGCAUCUACACUACUGUGGUUCUCCUGUGAUGUCAGCAGGCUUGCAAUCUUUUUGCAUUUCCAUUUUAGUGAUUUACUAUCUUUGAUUUUUUAUUAUACAUUUUUAUUUAUUAUAUCUUUAAUUUUAGUUAGUUCAUCAUUGGUUUACAUGUUUUAUCCACCUGUUCCUUUUCUUUCAUCCUGUAUUAGGAGAGGUCCUGCAUCUUCCAACUAUUUGUAUUUGCUCAGAGGUGUGGCUGCCGAGUAUAUGUAAAUUGUCACACAAGUAAAACUUAGGUUAUUUUAA